ACUGAUGAGUGUGUGUUAUAAUGCCUGUAUCUAUCUCCAGACUGACUCCAAGGUGAACGGUACAGCCCUGUCCUCUCCCUCCACCUCGUCCCAGCGCUCUGACACCAGUCUGCCCCUGAUGCGUGUAGCAGGCAGCCAGACCACAGAGACCAUGGGUGAGACUGGAACUCCACUUAACACAAUACCACAAGCUAUGAGCCCAGUGGACCAAACUGGUUGUUAUAAUGUCAUAUUUUGUGACGCUAUGGUCAGGUUGUAUACUGGUUUUAAAAAUACGUUUUCGUAUGAAGUCUUUGUACUAACCUGAAGAAGUCAAAUUUUCUUUGCUGCAGGUGACGAUGAGCUGUCGAGUCCGUCCCAAGAUGCAUCGGGGCUAGAGGAGGUGAUGGAGCAGCUAAACCACUCCUUCCCCCACAGCCAAGGUAGGACGCACAUACACACAGACACACACACAAACACACACACACACGGACAUCCUACUCACUAAAGCAAUUUCCACAGAUGCACACAUCACCUCAUAUUAGAACUACAAUCCAGAGGUUCAUUCUCCUAAUGAUCUAAACAGUAGGAUCAGCCUCAGUGGCAUAUCUUGAGUACUGUUGUCAAUUCUAGAGUUUGACUGACCUCUUGGAGUACAUGGACCCUUUUCCUCUCAGCCCUCUGAUUGUUCCCUCCUUUCUCUUUAUUUCCACACUGCUUCCCUGUUCUGUUUCUGUGAGCCAGGAGGUCCAAGGGGAAAGCAAUGAGAGGUCAGUGGGGUUGCCAGCCCUAUCUACUGUACCCUCCUCUCCUCUCCCUCCUCUCCUCUCCUCUCCUCUCCUCUCCUCUCCUCUCCUCUCCUCUCCUCUCCUCUCCUCUCCUCUCCUCUCCUCUCCUCUCCUCUCCUCUCCUCUCCUCUCCUCUCCUCUCCUCUCCUCUCCUCUCCUCUCUUCUCUUUAUUUCAUUCCACUUCCCCAUUCCUCUCUAUUUCUCUCAUAUUUGUUGGUAUAUUUUAUGUGUGUUCCAGAGGGUGGGAUUGUUGGUGUAUUUUGUGUGUGUUCCAGGGGGUGGGAUUGUUGGUGUAUUUUGUGUGUGUUCCAGGGGGUGGGGUGGGAUUGUUGGUGUAUUUUAUGUGUAUUCCAGGGGGUGGGGUGGGAUUGUUGGUGUAUUUUAUGUGUGUUCCAGAGGGUGGGAUUGUUGGUGUAUUUUGUGUGUAUUCCAGGGGGUGGGGGUGGGAUUGUUGGUGUAUUUUAUGUGUGUUCCAGUGGGUGGGGUGGGAUUGUUGGUGUAUUUUAUGUGUGUUCCAGAGGGUGGGAUUGUUGGUGUAUUUUGUGUGUGUUCCAGGGGGUGGGAUUGUUGGUGUAUUUUGUGUGUGUUCCAGGGGGUGGGAUUGUUGGUGUAUUUUGUGUGUGUUCCAGGGGGUGGGAUUGUUGGUGUAUUUUAUGUGUGUUCCAGAGGGUGGGAUUGUUGGUGUAUUUUAUGUGUGUUCCAGAGGGUGGGAUUGUUGGUGUAUUUUGUGUGUGUUCCAGGGGGUGGGGUGGGAUUGUUGGUGUAUUUUAUGUGUGUUCCAGGGGGUGGGGUGGGAUUGUUGGUGUAUUUUAUGUGUGUUCCAGGGGGUGGGGUGGGAUUGUUGGUGUAUUUUAUGUGUGUUCCAGAGGGUGGGAUUGUUGGUGUAUUUUGUGUGUGUUCCAGGGGGUGGGAUUGUUGGUGUAUUUUGUGUGUGUUCCAGGGGGUGGGAUUGUUGGUGUAUUUUAUGUGUGUUCCAGAGGGUGGGAUUGUUGGUGUAUUUUGUGUGUGUUCCAGGGGGUGGGGUGGGAUUGUUGGUGUAUUUUAUGUGUGUUCCAGGGGGUGGGGUGGGAUUGUUGGUGUAUUUUAUGUGUGUUCCAGCGGGUGGGAUUGUUGGUGUAUUUUGUGUGUGUUCCAGAGGGUGGGAUUGUUGGUGUAUUUUAUGUGUGUUCCAGGGGGUGUUGUGGGAUUGUUGGUGUAUUUUAUGUGUGUUCCAGCGGGUGGGAUUGUUGGUGUAUUUUAUGUGUGUUCCAGGGUGUGGGGUGGGAUUGUUGGUGUAUUUUAUGUGUGUUCCAGCGGGUGGGGUGGGAUUGUUGGUGUCUUUUAUGUGUGUUCCAGGGGGUGGGGUGGGAUUGUUGGUGUAUUUUACGUGUGUUCCAGGGGGUGGGAUUGUUGGUGUAUUUUGUGUGUGUUCUAGAGGGUGGGAUUGUUGGUGUAUUUUGUGUGUGUUCCAAGGGGUGGGGUGGGAUUGUUGGUGUAUUUUGUGUGUGUUCCAGAGGGUGGGAUUGUUGGUGUAUUUUAUGUGUGUUCCAGGGGGUGGGAUUGUUGGUAUAUUUUAUGUGUGUUCCAGAGGGUGGGAUUGUUGGUGUAUUUUGUGUGUGUUCCAGGGGGUGGGGUGGGAUUGUUGGUGUAUUUUGUGUGUGUUCCAGAGGGUGGGAUUGUUGGUGUAUUUUAUGUGUGUUCCAGGGGGUGGGAUUGUUGGUAUAUUUUAUAUGUGUUCCAGAGGGUGGGAUUGUUGGUGUAUUUGAUGUGUGUUCCAGAGGGUGGGAUUGUUGGUGUAUUUUAUGUGUGUUCCAAGGGGUGGGAUUGUUGGUGUAUUUUGUGUGUGUUCCAGCGGGUGGGAUUGUUGGUGUAUUUUAUGUGUGUUCCAGGGGGUGGGGUGGGAUUGUUGGUGUAUUGUAUGUGUGUUCCAGGGGGUGGGGUGGGAUUGUUGGUGUAUUUUAUGUGUGUUCCAGGGGGUGGGGUGGGAUUGUUGGUGUAUUUUACGUGUGUUCCAAGGGGUGGGAUUGUUGGUGUAUUUUAUGUGUGUUCCAGGGGGUGGGAUUGUUGGCGUAUUUUGUGUGUGUUCCAGGGGGUGGGGUGGGAUUGUUGGUGUAUUUUGUGUGUGUUCCAGGGGGUGGGGUGGGAUUGUUGGUGUAUUUUGUGUGUGUUCCAGGGGGUGGGAUUGUUGGUGUAUUUUGUGUGUGUUCCAGGGGGUGGGAUUGUUGGUGUAUUUUAUGUGUGUUCCAGAGGGUGGGAUUGUUGGUGUAUUUAAUGUGUGUUCCAGGGGGUGGGAUUGUUGGUGUAUUUUAUGUGUGUUCCAGGGGGUGGGAUUGUUGGUGUAUUUUAUGUGUGUUCCAGGGGGUGGGAUUGUUGGUGUAUUUUAUGUGUGUUCCAUAGGGUGGGAUUGUUGGUGUAUUUUAUGUGUGUUCCAAGGGGUGGGAUUGUUGGUGUAUUUUAUGUGUGUUCCAGGGGGUGGGAUUGUUGGUGUAUUUUGUGUGUGUUCCAGGUGGUGGGGUGGGAUUGUUGGUGUAUUUUGUGUGUGUUCCAGGGGGUGGGGUGGGAUUGUUGGUGUAUUUUGUGUGUGUUCCAGGGGGUGGGAUUGUUGGUGUAUUUUGUGUGUGUUCCAGGGGGUGGGAUUGUUGGUGUAUUUUAUGUGUGUUCCAGAGGGUGGGAUUGUUGGUGUAUUUUAUGUGUGUUCCAGGGGGUGGGAUUGUUGGUGUAUUUUAUGUGUGUUCCAGGGGGUGGGAUUGUUGGUGUAUUUUAUGUGUGUUCCAGGGGGUGGGAUUGUUGGUGUAUUUUGUGUGUGUUCCAGGGGGUGGGAUUGUUGGUGUAUUUUAUGUGUGUUCCAGAGGGUGGGAUUGUUGGUGUAUUUUAUGUGUGUUCCAGAGGGUGGGAUUGUUGGUGUAUUUUGUGUGUGUUCCAGGGGGUGGGGUGGGAUUGUUGGUGUAUUUUAUGUGUGUUCCAGGGGGUGGGGUGGGAUUGUUGGUGUAUUUUAUGUGUGUUCCAGGGGGUGGGGUGGGAUUGUUGGUGUAUUUUAUGUGUGUUCCAGAGGGUGGGAUUGUUGGUGUAUUUUGUGUGUGUUCCAGGGGGUGGGAUUGUUGGUGUAUUUUGUGUGUGUUCCAGGGGGUGGGAUUGUUGGUGUAUUUUGUGUGUGUUCCAGGGGGUGGGAUUGUUGGUGUAUUUUAUGUGUGUUCCAGAGGGUGGGAUUGUUGGUGUAUUUUGUGUGUGUUCCAGGGGGUGGGGUGGGAUUGUUGGUGUAUUUUAUGUGUGUUCCAGGGGGUGGGGUGGGAUUGUUGGUGUAUUUUAUGUGUGUUCCAGGGGGUGGGAUUGUUGGUGUAUUUUGUGUGUGUUCCAGAGGGUGGGAUUGUUGGUGUAUUUUAUGUGUGUUCCAGGGGGUGUUGUGGGAUUGUUGGUGUAUUUUAUGUGUGUUCCAGCGGGUGGGAUUGUUGGUGUAUUUUAUGUGUGUUCCAGGGGGUGGGGUGGGAUUGUUGGUGUAUUUUAUGUGUGUUCCAGCGGGUGGGGUGGGAUUGUUGGUGUCUUUUAUGUGUGUUCCAGGGGGUGGGGUGGGAUUGUUGGUGUAUUUUAUGUGUGUUCCAGGGGGUGGGAUUGUUGGUGUAUUUUACGUGUGUUCCAGGGGGUGGGAUUGUUGGUGUAUUUUGUGUGUGUUCUAGAGGGUGGGAUUGUUGGUGUAUUUUGUGUGUGUUCCAAGGGGUGGGGUGGGAUUGUUGGUGUAUUUUGUGUGUGUUCCAGAGGGUGGGAUUGUUGGUGUAUUUUAUGUGUGUUCCAGGGGGUGGGAUUGUUGGUAUAUUUUAUGUGUGUUCCAGAGGGUGGGAUUGUUGGUGUAUUUUGUGUGUGUUCCAGGGGGUGGGGUGGGAUUGUUGGUGUAUUUUGUGUGUGUUCCAGAGGGUGGGAUUGUUGGUGUAUUUUAUGUGUGUUCCAGGGGGUGGGAUUGUUGGUAUAUUUUAUAUGUGUUCCAGAGGGUGGGAUUGUUGGUGUAUUUGAUGUGUGUUCCAGAGGGUGGGAUUGUUGGUGUAUUUUAUGUGUGUUCCAAGGGGUGGGAUUGUUGGUGUAUUUUAUAUGUGUUCCAGAGGGUGGGAUUGUUGGUGUAUUUGAUGUGUGUUCCAGCGGGUGGGAUUGUUGGUGUAUUUUAUGUGUGUUCCAGGGGGUGGGGUGGGAUUGUUGGUGUAUUGUAUGUGUGUUCCAGGGGGUGGGGUGGGAUUGUUGGUGUAUUUUAUGUGUGUUCCAGGGGGUGGGAUUGUUGGUGUAUUUUAUGUGUGUUCCAGGGGGUGGGAUUGUUGGCGUAUUUUGUGUGUGUUCCAGGGGGUGGGGUGGGAUUGUUGGUGUAUUUUGUGUGUGUUCCAGGGGGUGGGGUGGGAUUGUUGGUGUAUUUUGUGUGUGUUCCAGGGGGUGGGAUUGUUGGUGUAUUUUGUGUGUGUUCCAGGGGGUGGGAUUGUUGGUGUAUUUUAUGUGUGUUCCAGAGGGUGGGAUUGUUGGUGUAUUUUAUGUGUGUUCCAAGGGGUGGGAUUGUUGGUGUAUUUUAUGUGUGUUCCAGGGGGUGGGAUUGUUGGUGUAUUUUGUGUGUGUUCCAGGGGGUGGGGUGGGAUUGUUGGUGUAUUUUGUGUGUGUUCCAGGGGGUGGGGUGGGAUUGUUGGUGUAUUUUGUGUGUGUUCCAGGGGGUGGGAUUGUUGGUGUAUUUUGUGUGUGUUCCAGGGGGUGGGAUUGUUGGUGUAUUUUGUGUGUGUUCCAGGGGGUGGGAUUGUUGGUGUAUUUUAUGUGUGUUCCAGAGGGUGGGAUUGUUGGUGUAUUUUAUGUGUGUUCCAGGGGGUGGGAUUGUUGGUGUAUUUUAUGUGUGUUCCAGGGGGUGGGAUUGUUGGUGUAUUUUAUGUGUGUUCCAGGGGGUGGGAUUGUUGGUGUAUUUUGUGUGUGUUCCAGGGGGUGGGGUGGGAUUGUUGGUGUAUUUUAUGUGUGUUCCAGAGGGUGGGAUUGUUGGUGUAUUUUAUGUGUGUUCCAGGGAGUGGGAUUUUUGGUGUAUUUUAUGUGUGUUUCAGAGGGUGGGAUUGUUGGUGUAUUUUAUGUGUGUUCCAGGGGGUGGGAUUGUUGGUGUAUUUUGUGUGUGUUCCAGGGGGUGGGGUGGGAUUGUUGGUGUAUUUUGUGUGUGUUCCAGGGGGUGGGAUUGUUGGUGUAUUUUAUGUGUGUUCCAGAGGGUGGGAUUGUUGGUGUAUUUUAUGUGUGUUCCACGGGGUGGGAUUGUUGGUGUAUUUUAUGUGUGUUCCAGGGGGUGGGAUUGUUGGUGUUUUUUAUGUGUGUUCCAGAGGGUGGGAUUGUUGGUGUAUUUUGUGUGUGUUCCAGGGGGUGGGAUUGUUGGUGUAUUUUGUGUGUGUUCCAGAGGGUGGGAUUGUUGGUGUAUUUUAUGUGUGUUCCAGGGGGUGGGAUUGUUGGUGUUUUUAUGUGUGUUCCAGAGGGUGGGAUUGUUGGUGUAUUUUGUGUGUGUUCCAGUGGGUGGGAUUGUUGGUGUAUUUUUUGUGUGUGUUCCAGGGGGUGGGGUGGGAUUGUUUACUUUAGUAUUUUAAGAUAUGCAUUCAUGAGUGUUUAAUAUUUGGGUGAGAGUGUGUGUAUGUCUGUCUGUUAGUCUGUCUGACGGUCCCUUCUGUCUCUCCUCUCCAGGACUGAGUGUAGGCAGUCUGUUCCACAUGGCAGAUGACCUGGGUCGAGCCAUGGAGUCAUUGGUCAACGUGAUGACGGACGAACAGAGCGGCGAA